UUUCAGCUCUCCUUUUUUUAUAAAUGUGAGAAGAGCAUAAAAUCCACUUCGUGAUCCUGCAGAGAAGUAGUAAUUCUCCCUUAUGAACCAUGUCUCAGUUCCUUUGCUUGUUGGUUGAGACUGAUACCAGCACGUGAACUGCAGCUCUGUUAAAUGUAUUGUGUUUGAUGGAGUCAAUCGGAAUCUCUUUUGUGUUCUGGCAUCCCACCUGUAGCUGUCUGUGACUCCCUCUGAAGCUUACCCACUAGAGGAAAGGUGCAUUGGAUGCAGUGGUUAUGAUCAUGUGUCAAGCUGUCACGUGUCCAAAGAAACUUCACAGAUUGCUUCAAGAGCUUCCUGGACUAUGGUAACAUUCACUAAAGCUUUUGCCCUUCCUUCAGCAGGAAGAUUAGAAAUUGAGAAAAUAGUUAAGUUGUUGGGUUAGAAGCUGGCCUGUAUGCCACCUGUAGAAAGAAGGGAAAUGUGACUCUGAACAGGGAGAGAAGAUGAAUACUUGAGAGAGAUCCUGGUAACAAGACAUUCCUUGUUAGUGUUAUGCCAUUCUUAGAUGGAAACUUUCUGCUUUUGAUGGUUAGAUAAAAUAAUUUCUUAAACAACAGUAUUUCUGAAAUAAUUCCCCUCAUGAACUAUGUACUGGUUGGCAUUUUCAUAGUCUUUUGAGUAGAUUGUUUUCAUAGUACAGAUAAUGAAGUAGGAGUUUGCCUAGCAUUCAGAGAGGUGUGGCGCUUGAGACUUGGGUGUGAUCUUAUAUGGAGGAGCUUGUGUAAGUAUAGUAAAGCAUAAGAUUAAGGCUGCUUUAAUAAUUCCUGCGUAGUUGCUGGAGGGUGUUGGCCGCUACUUAGGAAGCGAGGGAUGGAGGAACUGCGCUUUGGGUAGCUUCUUAGAGGCCUACUGUGGGAAUACCGUGAAGACUCUUGUUUGUUGUAAGACUUGAAGCUAGGAUAACUUAAAAACAAUGAUCGGGGCAUCAGAAAUAUUUUGGGUAUCAUUUCAUAGUGUCUUUGGAUGCAUCUAGGAAUUGAUACAUUGGAGAAUAUGUGAGCUGCUGCAUUAGUCUUCUAACAUCUUGCUCUGGAUACUCAUGGUUGUCCUCAUGUGUGCUCCAGUGGAGAAUGUCCAUGAUCUUCUUUGCCUGUGUGGUGCGGGUGAGGGAUGGACUUCCCCUCUCAGCCUCCACAGAUUUUCAUUUCAACCAAGGCUUUCUGGAAUGCAGAAAGAGAUUAAAGGCGUUAUCCUCAAUUCUGGCGCAGUAUCCAAGUCGAGGCACAGCAAAAGGACGUGACCUUAGCAUACAUUUCCUUUCUUCGGGGGAUAUUGCCUGCAUGGCAAUCUGUUCCAGCAAUUUCUCAACCAUCAUGGCAUUUUGCUUUCUGGAAGAGCUUCAGUGGGAAUUUGCUGCUUCCUAUGAUACAACAAGCAUCAGUUUAGCUUCCAGACCAUAUGCUUUUCUUGAAUUCGAUAAUGUUAUUCAGAAAGUGAAAUGCCAUUUUAACUGUGCAAGUGGCUCUCAAAUGAAGGCCAACUGGGAGAAGAUUGAGGAGGAGCUGAAGUUCCAGCCCCCGGUUCAGCUGAAACUGGAGGAUACAGAAUUGAUGAAUGGGAUAACUAAUGGUGGGCAUGCAGGCGUUCAUGUGGAGGUUGGUAAGUUACUACUAUGCACAGUCCCUACUUACAGAAUGCAGCGUGUGACUCCCCUGGGGAUUCUGUCGCUUGUUCUGAACAUCAUGUGUGGAGCUUUGAAUCUCAUUCGAGGAGUUCACCUAGCAGAGUAUUCAUUUCAGGAGGACCAUGAAGGAAUUGGAAAUGUGAUAGCUUUUUUUCUACCUUUUCUAGCCUGUGUUUUUCAGUGUUACUUGUACCUCUUCUACAGCUCGGCAAGGAAGGUGAAGACGUUUGUACUCUUUUUCUCUGUUUGUUUAUGCAACAUAUACUUGUACGGAUUACGGAACUUCUGGCAAAUAACCUUUCACGUAGGAGUGGCAACUCUUUCUUCUUAUCAGAUACUGACAAGGCAACUUAUGGAGAAACAGCCUGACUGCGGAGUAUGAAAAAGACUUUGGGUUUGCUACUCUAUUUUUAAAAUUUCUUUUGUAUUAAACUGGCCAAAAAUAGCUUGGAGUAUUUUUAAAGGUGCGUGGCAAUGGUUAUUGCAAGGAUGAUAUUUCAAAGCAACUUGAAAUAAAGUAGGAUACUGUAAUCAUGUCAAACGUACAGUGAGGAAUGUAGCUGUAUUUAACAUGGCAUGUGUUAAUUGUGCAUGGUAGAUCUUGGCAGGUGUCAUCAACAGAUGGAGGUUCUUCUUACCAUAAACAGGCUUUUGCUCCUUGACUAAUAACACCUAGACAGCAUUUUGCCAUUUCUCUUACUGGCUUUGUGAACAGUUUGGCAGGUCAAUGUCUUGCCCUGCCAGUGCUUCUGAAAAUACUAAAAUUGUGUAGUAAAAUGAAGAUAAAGUGGUGGGUAACAUUUUUGUCUAUAGAACUUGUUAAGCAUUAAGAUUCUUGGUAAAUGUAAGUAAAGGAGUUAUUUGCCAUAAUUAGAUGAGUUCAAUAUCAGUGGGGAAAAAUUGUUAGGAUGAGUUUCAGGGUAAUUUUUCUAGGGUUUGAAGAAAAGGAAAAGGCUGUGGCUCUUUUAAAAACCAUAAAGACUAUAAGUAUCUCCUGGCUAAACAGAGCAUUGUAGUUAAGUAUAUGCUUAUUGGUUAAUUGCAAAUAUGCUUGGGGCAGCAUAAAAUAAACCAAGUGAAUGUAAGCGAUCUUUCAGCUCAAGUGGCCUUUAUUUCCUUUAAGGUCACUCUUAGUAUAAGGGUAAUUCCAUGUUUGCUUGGUCUGUACAGAUGAUAAAUCUUCCAAGCCUGGUUAUGACAGGCCACUGACUCCUUCACCUUUUUUAAAAAAAUGUAUAGCUCGUGAGUAGAAAGCCAUUUCCAGUAAUGGAAAGUAAGAGCAGGUUCUCUUUAUUUCAUAAAACACCUUUAGUUAAUGGUGUUCAGUUCUUACACUAAGAUGAAUUUAUGAGUGUGCACUUUUGAAUAUAGUACUUAAGAGCUGAAAUUCUUAACCUCUGCUGCACUGGGUAUUCUUGUAUGUAAUGUAUUGAGAUGCAUAUGGGCAUUUUAGAACAUAUAUGAAUAAUUUAGGCUGUGUAAAAAAGGUAAAAAAAAAAAAAAAAGCAUAGCAUUUUGAUGCAGCUGUCCUUGAAGGGUUGUAGAGAUUCAAAUUGAGAAGAUGUAGAGAACUGUAGGUGUGUUAUUGUGGAAGUAUGGUCCUAGAUUUUCUUUUAUUUUUUCUUAGGAAUCUGUUUUCUGGUUACCCCAUUUUUUCCACCAGACAUUUCUUACCAAAGAUUUGUUUUCCUCUCACAUAGUCUUUACCUCUGGUGGUUGCAAAGAGAUUAAUGUGAUGCAGAGUUGUCUUCCUGAGUUUGCAGAAACACUUAACAAAAUUACUUUCUUGCAUCUCAGUGAAUUUUCUUGAAAUCUCAUGAUGCCAAACGCGACUAUCAGUGGACUACUAGAGCAGAAACCUGUGGUGCUGCACCUUGGAAGCACCUGUGUAAUGCAGCUGACUGCAACAAUGGCAUUGAUAGGCAGCCUGUUACAGCCUGAACCGUUUCUGGGACAUCAAGAGACUUGGUGCCAGAGCUUUUUCCAGUAGUAAAAUGUAGGUAUUUCUUUUCCAUCACAUAUUAGCACAUUUACUAUAACAGUAACAUAAUGAAAUCUCUUAAACUGUGAGGGAUAAUUUAGUAGGAAUGAUGGAAGAAUAUUGUAGCCAGCCAGUUAAGAGAACAGCUGGAGCCGUGUGCCAUAAGGGAAUACUCUUCUGUUAUAAGGGAGUGGAUUAAAGCUGUUUGUCUGUCAUCACCACGGUUUUCUGCCAGAGUGUAUGUGGAGAAAUGAAGCCAGAAUUCAACCACUGUCCUUAAGACACCCAGAUGAUCCCACAGACAUGGGGUUUUAGUACUCACAAGCUUUAAGCUUUCAUGCUGUUCAGUCCCAGUUUUACUUGGUAAGAUACUCUUGGAGACUGCAGGGAACUAAGCCACAAGUUUGGAUUACAAGUUUAAAAAAAUAAAUCUGAAAAAAGGAUACCCCCAAAUAUCUGAUACUAGAUACUUAACGCAACUUAGCACUUCAUUGAGGAUACUGGAUUUGAUGACAGAUUGUGUUUUCCAGGAGCAUAAGCCUGCUGGGUUUCUGUGGGGAAUCAUCCUUUGGGGAAAGGAUGAAGCAUUUUGUACUACAGAUAGACAAAACUUUGUGAAAAGGACCUCAGUGAUAAGACCCAACUCCCUGCUCCUACCUUUUUAGCCUCAAUGUGGCUAAAGAAUCCAAAAGAGCUGUACUGUUGCCCUGUAGUCUUGGAUAAAGCUAGCCUGCUAUAGCUUAAGGCACGCAGGGCAUUUACAACUUGGGGCAUAGGGCCAGUGAGCCAUUAUCUGCUUUCUAUUCCUUAUCCUUGGACUGAGCUGACUGGAAGCAACUCUAAUGUUUCUGAUGCUUCCUGAGCAUCUGAGUGUUUGCUUUAUCAUAAAACAAAUACAUCCCCGUGCCAGGUGAUAUUAGCAACAGCUUUGCAAUAAGAGUGGUAGAACAAAGUGUUUUGAUAGCUUGUGUAAUUAACAUGGAGUGGAUAAAGAUGAAAUUCAGCUUUUGUUUAAUAUUUUCUUUUUCCUGAAGAUGUUGCAGUAAAAUCAAAUGAAACCAGUUGGUUCAGUUCUGCCUUCAUGUAAGUGUUGUUUUGCUUUGUGGGUUAGAUGGAGGAUGCAACUAGAUCUUUUCUACUAAACAAAUGAAGCUCUGGUUUGCUGUUAGUCUUAAUCCCUUUGCAGCCUUUUUUUUCCUUUUUCCCCCCUGUAAUAUGUAUUAACCGUAUUAAGGAAUCUAUGUGGAUUAAUAUGCGCGUGUUAGUAUCAGUGCACUUUGUAGGUUUGGAUUAUGAUUCCAGGAUGAGGCAGAGCACGCAUAGUUUGAUAUAUUUUUAUUUUUUAAUGUUAGUAUUUAGAAUGGCUCCUAUAUCUGUAUGAUAUUUAUAAAGGUAAACAUUUUCUUCUGCUGAAACAGCAAGAGGAAUAGAAUAGUUUACAUUUAUCUCAGUGCUUUAAGAUUUAAUAAAAAAGAAUGACUUGCAGUUUGAGUACAUGAAAUCUGACUCAUAAUGUGGGAUUAUGCCUGUAUCGAAUCAAAUCCCCAAACAGGAAUCCAUCCCUUUUUGUUCGACUUUAAACUGUUUAAUGUAGUUUGAAUUGCAUCUUCUUAAUUCUGUCAGUUUUCAAGAUAAUUCUUUUGGAAACUCUUUCCCUCACUCAGCAGCUCAGUGCAAGAAAAUUGGCAAAGAAUAGAUUUCAUUAAUUUAAAGAUUUGUGGUGCUUAGUCACUUUAUGAAGCUGAUAAUUUCCGUGGAUUUUCUUUUUUUCAUUCUCCCAAAGACCUGUUAAGUCUGUAGAAGGUGGGCUGGUACCUUUUUAGACAUUUUUGCACUGUAUUAAUAAUUGAACCUGUGUAAAUGUGUAUAAAAUCAUUUUGCAUGUAUAGAUAUAUAUGUACAUAUAUCUAAUAAAUGGCUUUUUUUUUAAA